UGUUGGUUGAGCGCCUUUUAAUGCAAUAACACUUUUCCGAUAAUUCGUUAAAAAAAAAAAAAAAAAAAAAGUGAACUUUUAUAGGCCCAUGAAAGUCGCUGUUGGUUCUCUGACUAAAAAUAUUUCUGCUUUUCUGGAUUAUUCCCUAUCCUGUCCGAGGAGUGAUUUCUCUGAGGAGAAACAAUGGCAUCAUCCACUCAUCACAGCGGACAUAAAAGCAUGGAGCAACCUCCCAGAAUGAUACAGCCAAGUCUUCCAUCACACAGGCCAACUCUGAUUCAUGAAGGUCCUCCAAAACGAUACCAUCUACAUACAGACAGAAAAAUUCUUGAUGAAAAUGGAAAAGUCAGAAAAUGGACUUUUGGCAAACAAGACACUAGUAAACCAAACAAAAUCGCUGUGCUGGUGGGAGAGACUGGCGCUGGUAAGACGACUCUCAUCAACACCAUGGUCAACUACUUACUGAAUGUGAAGUUUGAGGAUGAAAUAUGGUAUGAAAUCACAGAAGCAGCAGCAGGAGAUCAAUCACAAUCACAAACCUCUGAAAUCACUGUGUAUGAGGUCUUUCCUGUAAAGAGUUCCAUGUCUCUCACGAUCAUUGAUACUCCAGGCUACGGAGACACUAGAGGACUGGACAAAGAUCUAGAAGUUGCUGAGAAUUUAGCCACUCUGUUUCAGAGCAAUGAUGGAGUUCGUGAAGUUGAUGCUGUGUGUUUUGUUGCUAAAGCGUCUAAUAAUCGUCUCUCAGACAGACAGCAUUACAUUAUCAGUUCAAUUCUGUCUUUGUUUGGAAAAGACAUUGUGAACAACAUUGUAUUUUUAAUCACACACUCUGAUGGUCUGCCACCUAAGAACGUCAUUGGUGCCAUUAAUAAAGCUCAAAUCCCCUGCAGACGAGACAAAAAUGGCCAACCUGUUUAUUUCUCAUUUAACAACCGGCAGGCUGAAGAACGUCAUAUUGAGAGACGUUACAUUCGUGCUCAAAGAGAUGCCUGGGAAGACAGUGUGGAGGAGGUGAAGCAAUUCCUUAAGUCUCUGGAUGAAAAGAACAGAAGAAGUUUAGAGCUGACUUCAAAUGUCCUGAUACAGCGCAUUCGAUUAGAAGCAACCAUCUGCAACUUACAGCUGCGAGUUCAAGAGAAAGAGCUGAAAAUAGCUGAAAAACAUCAGAUUCAGAAAACAAUAAGACAAAACAAGGAAAAGAUUGACAGGCAUACAGACUUUAGCAUUCCUUUUAAAAAGCCUGUCAAAAUGAAGGUUCCCAUUGAGAGCAAGUCAUGGAAGCACAGGAAGGCGACAACCUGCACCGUCUGUGAGGAAAACUGCCAUGAGUUUGACUGCUGGUGGGGUUCUAAUCCCAGCAAAUGUGAAGUUAUGAAAGACGGCUACUGCACCGUGUGCACAGAGAAGUGUCAUCAUAGCAAACACGUCAAAGAAAACAAGAAAUACGUCAUCAGCACCUUGAAUGAAACAAAGCGGUUUUCAGUUAUAAAUAAUCUCGACAGAGAACUGCGGGAGAUUGAGGAUCAAAAGUCGGUUCUUCUGUUCAAUGCUUACAGGACCAUCAAGCAUCUGUCUCAGAUCGCAUUAAAACCAGACUCUGCCUUCACUCUUCAGCAUCUGGACUUCUUCAUCCCCAGAGUGAGGGAGGCUGGGAAAGAAAACUGGGCCCGAGAGCUGGAGGAAAUGAGGGGAAACGCUGAAGCUGAAGAAGCAAAUAAAGAUGCUUUGAGUUACUUCAAAGCAGGAAUAGCAAAAGUGAAUCGUUUCUUUAGUGGACAAUAAACAAAUGCUUGUGAUAAAACAAUGAAAUAAAUUAAGAAGACUGCUUACAAUGAGAAAUCAUUGCUGAUGAUCCGAAGAUAUAAUUGUACCAAGUUAAUUUUAAUCCAUGGUUUAAUUCAUGUUUGUUUAAAACAACACAAGUUUGGUAACAUUUUAUUUUCAAUAUUUUCCUUUCUUUAUUUCUUUCUUUUUUUUUUUAUUAUUAAAUCUUCAGCAUCUCAACAUUUUUCCUCCCCAGAGUGAGGGAGGCUGGGUGUAUGAUUCUAGAACAUCCUGUGCUUUCUUUGUACCUCCUAAAGGAUGUAACCAUUACAUCAUGGUCAUAAGACAUGUUGUUCUGCUUAGCUAGCAGUCUAUAUUCUUUUUUCCUCUAUUAAUACUGAACUGACCAUUCUCA